AUGGAUAUGAUGUCGGCAGGCACGGCUUCAUUCGUGGGCGCCACGACGUCCGCCUCGGACAUUCACUCCAACCUCAGCUCGACCUUCGCGGCCGCCUCCUCCUCGUCCCUGGCCUCCCUCACGGACUAUAACAAUUACCCGCUCACGCACCAGGGUGACCGCACCUAUCUCCGCGACCCCGAAAACAUCUAUCCGCUGCCAUGCGACCUGCUCGAGAUCCACCGCCAGAGCCUGCGCACGAUGAUGCUGCUGCGCAUCUUUGAUGGCCCGUUUUGCAAUCCCCACUCGGCCCAUCACCCGCCGAAACGCGUCCUGGAUCUCGCCUGCGGGUCCGGGCUGUGGUCUGGCUUGUGCCACGACUUCUUUGUUCGCCGUGGGCACCCGAACGUGGCGUUCGUGGGGAUCGACUUAGUCACGCUGGCUCCCGAUCUGCGCAAGCAGGGCAUGAACUGGCAGUUCAAACGACAUGAUCUGCGGAAGCCCCGCCUGCCGUUCCCGGACGACUACUUCGAUCUGGUCUUUAUCAAGGAUGCCGGGAUGACCCCGUCCAGUCCGGCCCAGCAGGCCUCGGGGUUGUCAGAGCCCCUGCGCGUCUUGAAAUCGGGUGGAAUCCUGGAAGUAUGGGACUCCGACUGGGUAUUCCGCUCGUUGCUCCCGAAUCCGGCGCCGGCUCGGAAAGCCUCGUUGAGGGACCAAGAGGUUGCCGAUUCGACCGCCACUUAUACCUUCUCUCCCGCCACGCCGUUCACCCAAGCACAGAACAAAUACCUGGUCGAUUAUAACUCCUGGGUCGAGAAGGCGUUCGAUCGGCGCAAACUCACGGCCCUCCCAUGCGCCACCACGGGCCUGGCCUUCAACUCCGAGGUGGAUCUGUUGGAGAAUGUCGACAGCCGCCGCAUCGCUAUUCCGCUGGGGGAGCCGCGCUGGGAGCGAGAAGGCCAAGGCCAAGAUUCCAAGGGCUGCCGCGCCCGGAAGACCUUGACCGCGGACCAGCUCUCCCUCCGACGGACCGCCCUUCUCACCGUGGUCCAGAUGAUUGAGGGCAUGGAACCCAUGCUCAUGGAGACCAGUGGGAAGGGUCGCGACGAGUGGGACCGAUGGUGGGCAGCGAUGACCACGGACUUCUUCCAAAGGGCGGUCUCGCCAGCGGCGAGUGUCUCGAAGUGA